AAAACCGUUUGAUAUUUUAUCCAGUUUUAAUGAGUGUCCCAAUACUACAAAAUCAAGUUACAAACAGUUAAGAUAGAAGAAAAAGUCACAGAAAAUCCACAUGAUUUCACGGUGCCGUUUCUCAUUUACGAACUAUAACUUUAAAGUUCGAGUACAGAGUUUCAGUUUGCGCAGACUACUGAUCCAUACGACGACAGCGGGCUACAGCAUUAUUAUACGCGUUCCUCCACCCUACCUAAAGGAGCAGUCCACCGGGCGGGGUGGAGGCACCAUCAAGCCCAGUUGCGGCGGCAGGGGGGGAUCUCUUCCUGUGGUCGUGACCCAGCGUGCAACCGAUUUCCGUCUGCAUUGAGCCGACACGCAGCACACCUCCAUUCAGCCCGCCCGCUGUCCGCGAUCCCCGGGAGCUAACUAAGAGGAGCCAUGAGCUAAAUCGCCAGUCGGGAAGGUAGCUGCCGUCACCAUGUAAUGCUUUUGAUCGUGCGGCGAUGAUUGAAGCCCCCACAGGGGUGGAAGAGCACAAACUUUCAGUGGAAGAGACGUAAUCCCCAUCGUUCUGUGUGUCUGCUGCCAUUAUGGAUGAGCAGGCGUUGCUUGGGCUGAACCCCAAUGCCGAUGCCAGCUACAGGCAGAGAGCUCUCGCUUAUUUCGAGCAGCUGAAGGAGUCUCCUGAUGCCUGGCAGGUGUGUGCUGAGGCCCUGGCCAAAGGCGUUUACAGCAACGACCAUGUGAAGUUCUUUUGCUUCCAAGUGCUAGAACAUCAGAUGAAGUUCAGGCAUGGGACCCUCAACGCAACACAGCAGCAGCUCAUCCGUGAGACGCUCAUGAAAUGGCUGCAGUUGCAGCUGAUGAGUGCCCAGCCGGAGAAGGUCUUCAUCCGCAACAAGGCGGCACAGGUAUUCGCCCUGACCUUCGUGACCGAGUACCUGACACAGUGGCCCAAGUUCUUCUUCGACAUCCUGUCCCUCAUUGGGCUGAACCCACGGGGUGUGGACCUGUACUUGCGUAUGCUGAUGGCCAUUGACGCCGAGGUGGUGGACCGCGACAUCCAGCACUCUUCCGAGGAGACGCGCAGGAACACCCUGAUCAAGGACCGAAUGAGGGAGCAGUGUAUCCCCAGCCUGGUGGAGUCCUGGUACCAGAUCCUGCACACCUACCAGCAGAGUCACUCUGAGCUCACGUGCCAGUGUCUAGAGGUGGUGGGGGCGUACGUGUCUUGGAUCGACCUCAGUCUUAUUGCCAACGACAGGUUUGUUAGCCUGCUGCUGAGUCACAUGUCAGUGGAGGUUCUGCGAGAGGAGGCCUGCGACUGCCUGUUUGAAAUUGUCAAUAAGGGCAUGGACCCCAUCGACAAGACCAAGCUGGUGGAGUCUCUGUGUCAGGUGCUGCAGACUGCUGGCUUCUUCAACGUGGAACAGGAAGAGGACGUGGACUUCCUGGCCAAGUUCUCCAAGCUGGUGAACGGCAUGGGCCAGGCCCUGAUCACCAGCUGGACCAAGCUGGUUAAGGCAGGAGACGUGAAGAAUGCCCAGGAGGCUCUGCAUGCCCUGGAGGCUAAGGUGGCACUCAUGCUGCAGCUGCUGGUCCACGAGGACGACGACAUCUCCACCAACGUGGUGGGCUUCUGUUACGACUACCUGCACAUCCUCAAGCAGCUUCCAGUUCUUUCGGACCAGCAGAAGUCCAACGUGGAGGCAGUCAUGCUAGCUGUGAUGAAGAAGCUCACGUAUGACGAUGAAUACAACUUUGAAAACGAGGGGGAGGACGAGGCCAUGUUUGUGGAGUACAGGAAGCAGCUGAAGCUGCUGCUGGACCGUCUGGCACAGGUGUCCCCGGAGCUGCUGCUGGAGGCCGUCCGCCGGGUCUUCAACACCACCAUGCAAAGCUGGCAGACUGCGCCUUUCAUGGAGGUGGAGGUAGCCAUCCGUUUGCUGUACAUGCUGGGGGAGGCUCUGCCGGCCUCGCAGGGGGCGCACUUCUCUGGGGACAGCACCAAAGCCAGCGCCCUUCAGGACAUGAUGCGGACGCUGGUCACUUGCGGAGUCAGUGAGUACCAGCACACUUCUGUAACUCUGGAGUUCUUUGAGACUGUUGUCCGCUAUGACAAGUUCUUCAUCGUGGAGCCUCAACACAUUCCAAAUGUCCUGAUGGCAUUCUUGGACCAUCGUGGCCUAAGGCACAGCAGCCCAAAAGUGAGGAGCAGGGUGGCCUACCUCUUCUCGAGAUACGUCAAGACCUUGCAUAAGCACAUGAGUGCUUUCAUCGAAGACAUCCUCAGUCGGAUACAGGACCUGCUGGAACUUUCGCCCCCCGAGAAUGGCUAUCCAGCCCUGCUUACCAGCGAUGACCAGCUCUUCAUUUACGAGACGGCCGGCGUGCUCAUUGUGAACAGCGAGUACCCCGUGGAGAGGAAACAGGUUCUCAUGAAGAACCUUCUGGAGCCUCUUCUGGGUGCCUUCAAGCUGCUGCUGGGGAAGCUGCUGCUGGAGCAGGACGAGGAGCGACAGGCCGGCCUGGCCGACUGCCUGAACCAUGCCGUGGGCUUCGCCAGCCGCACCAGCAAGGCCUUCAGCAACAAGCAGACGGUGAAGCAAUGCGGCUGCUCUGAGGUCUACCGUGACUGCCUGCAGACCUUCCUGCCUGCGCUGAGCUGCCCCGUCCAGAAGGAGGCGCUGCGGAGUGGCGUGCGCACCUUUUUGCACCGCAUGAUUAUAUGCCUAGAGGAAGAGGUGCUGCCCUUCAUCCCCUCUGCCUCAGAGCAUAUGCUCAAGGACUGCGAGGCCAAGGACCUGCAAGAGUUCAUCCCCCUAAUCAACCAGAUCACUGCCAAGUUCAAGGCCCAGGUGUCACCGUUCCUCCAGCAGGCCUUCAUGCCGCUGGUGCAGGCCAUCUUCGAGGUGCUGGCCCGGCCGGCUGAGGAUAAUGACCAGACGGCAGCUCUGGAAAAGCAGAUGCUGAGGAGGAGCUACUUCACCUUCAUUCAGACUGUGGUCAGCAGCGGCAUGAACGAGGUCAUGGGCAACCAGGAGCUGGAAAACAUCGAGAGGGUCCUCUUCACCAUAAUCCAGGGGGCUGUCGACAUCCCUGACCCCAUAGCACAGAAAACCUGCUUCAUCAUCCUCUCCAAACUGGUAGAGCUUUGGGGGGGAAAAGAUGGAUUAGUGGGGUUUCCAGACUUCAUCUAUAAACACAUUGUGCCAGCCUGCUUCCUGGCUCCUCUCAAGCCGACCUUUGACCUGUCAGAUGCCCAAACCAUGUUGACGUUGUCUGAGUGUGCCCUGACGCUGAAGAUGAUUCAUCUGAAAAGGGGACCAGAGUUCAUUCAGUACCUACAGCAGGAGUACCUGCCCUCUCUGCAGGUCACCCCAGACAUCAUUCAGGAGCUCUGCCAGGUGCUUCAGCAGCCAGAUUCAAAGGUCUUCAAGAAUUACAUAAAGGCGUUCUUUCAGCGAGCCAAACUGUAAUACUGGAAAUUCCAAGGAAGAGGGACACAGGGGGGGAACGCCUUAGGAAGAGGGGGUCAGUGCCCUUUCGAAAAGAGGAAGAGGAGGCUAGCAUUGGACUCGCUUUUGCACUUAUAAAUUUGCAUAACGAAACCCAAUCCUGUGGUGUGGAGGCUCGCAGUGGAGGACAGGCAGCAGAGGCAGGGCCACUGCCCCAGUCCGCAUGUGCCCAGUGUGGGCUUGGCCUGGUCGGUGCCUCGUGGGCUGUUGGUCGGUGGCUCAGCCUGUUUGCAAGGCAGGAAUAAAACUGUGGACUAUUGGAGGAAAGGGAAGGUACAGGAAGGGGAUUGUAUGAGGGCUAGGCAGGACGGAACUAAGAACGAUGACGAGCUGUACAUCCCAUUACCUGGGGGGGGGGGCAUAAAUAGAUUAUUUUUGCCAGGAGGAGGGUUGAAUUUAUAGGUCUGAUAAACCAGGCUGAGGCUAAAUGGGCUUCUCCCUUUGAACUUGCAGAUUUGUAAUAUAAGGAGCUUUUUUUCCAGGACAUUUAUUUAAUGAUACAGAUUUUAUGUUUUGAAGCAGGAAAUUUUUCUUAUGUUUCGGCCAGAAUUACAUGAUUCUUGGAUGCUUCUGGCUGCGGUGUGUAAUUGCCGUCUGUCUAACUGAAUAUUAUUUCAGCCAAAAUAGUUUUGCAUGUCCCUCCCUCAGAACUCAGUAGUAUUUACUGGUAUAUAUUUUUUUCCCUUGAAUAAACCAUAGAUUUGUUUAUGGAUUAUGUAUUAUAUUUUUACAGUGUCUAAUUUUCACAUUUGUAGGAAUAUAUAAGGAGUGACUGGUCCUUGCAUACAUUUGAGAGAGGACCUAUGCUGUUAUCCAUGUACCUGGACAGUGAACCAAAAGCAUAACAUUAGUCAUUUAACAUUAUCACCCAGGAAGCUAAGGAGGGGCAUUACGUUCCACUUCACUUAAUCUCCCAUCUUCCAAGACACGGUCUGGACUUCGUCCCUUACCCAAAAUGCACCUUCACUAUAAACGUGACUCAUAGCACGUGCAUUAGCGGCUUGUGAUGUGAUCUGCACAUUUCUGGCUUUGGAUGUGGUCUGGGAUUUGAUGGCAUCAGCUAAGAGUCCUGCCAUUUUUACCAUUCGAUCUUUGCGCUUCUGUACAAACCUCACCUACAUAAACGUUUUGCCUACUAACCAUGAAAGACUGUAAAAAAAUAUCAUUUGAUACAAGUAGAGCGCUUAAAACGGUUGAAAAUAUUUUGGAGGGACUUGAUUUGCAUACUGCUAUGUUUUAUUUGUAAAAAAAAAAAAAAUGUGUAUUCCUGUUACAGGAAGUGAGCCAGACUUGAAUGUCUUAAUUUAGCCAAAUGGUUUAAUUUUUUGAGAUUGUUUAGGCAAAAAGGAAAAAAAAUGUAAUUGAAAUUUUAAUGCUUAGCAGUAAUUAAGUUACUGCACUUUGAAUUUUACUGAGUUCUCAUGGACAAAGGUUAGUUCCUAUGUUCAAGGGAUUCCCCAGCAGUGUCAUGUGACCAAUGAAGUCAGUUUUGCUAUGUGAAUGUGUGUUAAUAGAUGGGACAUUUGGAGGAGGCAGAAUCAUGACUGGAUUACUGACAUUUAUCAUGGUGCCAUAUUUCAUUGUACCUGGACAUGGAAAGGAAUGGAAUGCACGUUCUGAUAUUAAGUCCAUGACUGUGAUCCCCCUGUAUUUCAACCCAGCUCUUCUAAAUAGGUGAUGGUUGAACAAUUAAAACUGACGAUUUUGACCAA